CUUCCUCCUCAAAAAUUCUCAAGACUAUAAUAUUUCUUUUUCUUUUCUUUUCUUUUCUUUUCUUUUUUGUUUUCUCAAGAAAAUGGGUGAAGCUGUUGAAAUUUUCCUAGCUAAUGGUUUCCCUACUUUCUAUGAAAAAAAAGAUAAUAACCCUAAAGAUUCAAGUUGGUAUGAAGAAGUUAUUGAUGAUGAUCUCAAAUGGUCUUUUGCUUUGAAUAGUGUUCUACAUAAAGGGACUAGUGAGUUUCAAGAUAUAGCUCUCCUUGACACUAAACGUUUUGGGAAGGUGUUGGUGAUAGAUGGAAAAAUGCAGAGUGCUGAAAUUGAUGAAUUUAUUUAUCAUGAAUGUUUAAUUCACCCUGCUCUUAUAUGCCACCCAAAUCCUAAGACUGUAUUUAUAAUGGGAGGUGGAGAAGGGUCUACAGCAAGAGAAGCUCUCAAGCACAAAUUGGUUGACAAAGUGGUCAUGUGUGAUAUUGAUCAGGAGGUGGUUGAUUUCUGCCGAAGAUAUCUGACUGUGAAUCAAGAAGCAUUUCUCCACAAGAAGCUUAAUCUUGUAAUCAAUGAUGCUAAAGCUGAAUUGGAAGAGAGGAGUGAGAAAUUUGAUAUCAUAGUUGGAGAUUUAGCUGACCCAGUUGAAGGAGGCCCAUGUUAUCAACUCUACACCAAAUCGUUCUAUGAAAGAAUUCUCAAGCCCAAACUAAAGCCCAAUGGCAUUUUUGUAACUCAGGCUGGACCAGCAGGAAUUUUCACUCACAGGGAAGUCUUCACCUCUAUACACAACACAAUCAAACAGGUCUUCAAAUAUGUAAUAGCAUACACAGCUCAUAUACCAUCUUUUGCUGAUACAUGGGGAUGGGUUAUGGCAUCAGAUCAGCCAUUUUCGGUCAACGCUGAAGAAAUUGACCAAAGAAUCAAAGAAAGAAUCGAUGGAGAGUUGCUUUACUUGAGUGGGGCCUUGUUUCUUUCCUCUGCUACGCUCAAUAAGACUGUUGCAUUAUCGCUGUUGAAUGAAACUCAUGUGUACACUGAAGAAAAUGCAAGGUUCAUCCAUGGGCAUGGCUUGGCUAAAAGUGUGAAUAAUGGGUUCUGAUCCAAAGGCAAAGAGACAGAGAGAGAGAGAGAUGAGUUUUGGGUUUGGGGGAAUUGCUGUACAGAAAAUUACCAAAAAAAAAAAAGAAGAAGAAAGAAGAAAUGAAGGCUGGAUUUUACAAAUUCAAGAGCUACAGAAACUUUUCCAAAGAUAUCAAUUGACAAAAUUUGUUUGAAGCAUUUGGUUUUAGAAAUUACAAACAAAAAAAAAAAAUUGUUAUGUUAUGUUAUGUUAGCUUCAUUGGGUUGUUGAUAGGGAUUUUAAAGUGGUAGACUAUAUAUUAUAUA